UGUUGCUGUUAUAGACGAAACUUUAACUGCAGGUAAUGCUCGACAACACCGUGAUUUAUUAACACGACAAAGUCAAGAUAUAAUACAUAAAUCAUGGAUAUCAAAACGUACAAGUGCACGACAAGCAGCUGAUGUUUUAUUAUCAUCAUAUGAACGUUUUAUGAAAAUAAUUAAUACAACAAGUGGAAAUUUAGAAAAUUUUCAUGUACAAUUAUCAAAUUUAAGACAACGUUGGAAAAUAAGAAAACAAACAAAUACAAAUAAAUAUUUAGGAGAUUUAUCAUUUCGAUCAGCUGGUUCAUUCUAUCCAUUUAAAAUGCAAUUUGAAGUAACAAAAGCUGAUAGUCAUAAACGUACACAUAAUAAUUCUAUUGAUGUUAUUAUACCGGAAGAAUUACAAGUUCGUGUUAUAUUAAAAAUUGAUAUUGAAACGAAAGAUGGACAAAUUUUACUUCGAACAUAUUCAACAAUGAUGGCUAAUGAUACAAUAAUAAAUAAUAAUGAUAAUAGUUUUGAUUCCAUAUUAGAAAAUGCUCAACGUACAGUUUUUUUAAAAGAACUUUUUUCACAAGUAAAUUUUUGA